CGUUUGUCCCAUUUCCUUUCAAUUUUUUUCACUUCCGUAGACGUAUCAUUGCUUUCCUUCUUCUUCUUCUUCUUCCUGUUCUCUCUUCUGCAAUGGACGGCGACGACAAACCCAUCGACCGUGGCAGUUCCAGAAAACUCCACAGCAAUAGCAGCACCGCCGCCGGAACCGACUUCUUGGAGACGAACAAGGCGGACAGAGCAAUGUGGCUAUUGAAAUGCCCGCAAGUUGUAACUCGCGCCCUUUCCAAUUCGCCGGAUGAUCCUUCUCGUCCGGUCGCUAAGGUCAUUGUUUCUGUUGAUCCUCUGCAGUCGAAUGACGACGAUGAUUCUUCAUCUACUGAGUUUACCAUGGAAUUGGCUGACACCGACUCUGGAAAAGCAUUAAGGGCCUACUCAUUGAAUAUGUCCACAGAUUUCAUUCCGAUGUCUGUAUUUUCUGAGUCAGCACAAGGGAAGUUUACUGUUGAAGGAAAAAUACUGAACAAAUUUGACAUGAAGCCGCAUGAUCAAAAUCUUGAUAGUUACGGGAAACUCUGUCGUGAAAGAACUCACAAGUCUAUGACCAAAAGCAGACAGAUUCAGGUGAUUGAUCAUGUCACAGGAGGACAUAUGAGGCCAAUGCCAGGGAUGGACGUGUUGUCAUUUGGAGCUGCAGAGAAGAAGAAGGUGGUGAGCAAGGGAUCGGAAAAUAAGAGGCUGAGGAAGGAGCGUGGCGAAUUGGAGAAGAUCAUUUUUAGGCUCUUUGAAAGACAGCCAUAUUGGACCUCGAAACAAUUGAUUCAAGAGACCGAUCAACCUGAACAAUAUAUGAAAGAAAUCCUUAAAGAUCUCUGUGUCUACAACAACAAGGGUGUUCACCAAGGAACAUAUGAGCUGAAGCCAGAGUACAAGGAAACAUGUGAGGAAACGAAACCGCGGUAGGUCGGUUGGUUCAAUGAUUUUGGUAUUUGACUGUCUAUUUAGUGCAAGAUUUGUGUGUUUUCCUUGGUGUUUCUUUUAGUAUAGUAUAGGAUAGGCUUGUAGGUGAUUAUUUCGUAUUGUCGAAUUUGUAGAACUCAUUAGUGUAAGCACUGGAGUUUUGUAGAGAUGUGAAUCUAUCCAUCAUCAGUUUCCUGGUU